AUGAUAUCGGUGCAGCCGUGCAAGAAGCACGAGGGUCGGCGCGUGGACGGCACCUGCGUCAACCCCAAGUACCCGUCCAGGAACGGCUCCCCCACCCCCUUGCUCAGGAUGCUGCCUGCCAAAUUUGGAGCAGGUAAUACCCUGCGACCAGCCAUGAACGGCUCCGAGUUGCCCUCAGCCCGCCUCAUCCGCACCAAGAUCCUGAGCGAAGGAUACCACGCCGAUCACCACUUCAGUGCCUUAGCAUCGAACAUAUUUUUGUUUGCUAUCAUUGACUGCUUAGACGUACUUUAUCUAGUGCGGUAUAUGCUGGUCAGUGAGUGUUGUCUGGGCAACACUCCGAACCGCGCCAGUCCCGACUGCAUCGCCAUCCCGGUCCCCGAGGACGACCCGUUCCUCCGCCGCAGCGGCGUCAGGUGCAUGAACCUCACCAGAUUCCAGACCUACCAGGACUUCAGAUGUAUACCUAAUACGUUACCAGCAGAACGUCUAAUAUUUACAACUCCACUGCUAGACUUGUCGGUAAUUUAUGGAAACAACGAUGCGCAGUCGCGGAUGACCAGAUCAUAUCGGAAUGGUCUGCUUAGAUCCGAAUUCAAGGAUGGUGUGGAAAGACCACCGACUAAUGGCGAGACUUGUAUCAAUAAUCAAAGACCUAGAGAGAACGCUUGCUAUGAGUUUGGGGACACAUUCGGAGGCAACACUCUCCAGGGUAUAGCACUGUCUUCUUUAAUGCUUUACCGGGAGCACAAUCGCAUUGCCCGCAAAUUAGCUGAAAUUAACCCGUGCUGGGAAGACCAGGAACUCUUUGAGACAGCCCGGGAGAUCAACAUAGCUCAGUUCCAGUUCUUAAUAUACUAUGAACUGAUGGCUUUGAUACUAGGGAGAAACAACGCCAUAGAAGUUGGCAUUUUAUACGAAACUGAUGGCCACGUGAAUGACUUUGAUGAAAGAUACAAGCCCGGAGUGUUCCACGAGUUUGUCCUGGGCACUCGCUACUUCCACAAUUUCCAAGAGGGGAGAUCAGACCUGUACAGCAAUAAAGGCAAAUAUUUAGGAACCAGAUUGACAGUUGAUGAUGGACUAAGGUCAGGCAUUUACGAGCUGAACAACACGGAGGCUGACCUCACCCAGGGCACGUUCAGACAACCUUCGGCUAAGUUUGAUUACAAUCUUGAUCCUGAUAUUGCAGAACGCAUUUUUGGUGGCUACCAAGAAGCAUCAGACUUGGCUUCUAUAGACAUCAAUCGUGGUCGUGACCACGGCGUGCCCCCCUACAACGCCUACAGGAGACUCUGCGGGUUGCCCGUCGCCCGCAAGUGGGAGGACUUCAAGGAGAUCCAACCUGAUAAACUAGAGCAAUUUAAACGUCUUUACGAAGACGUAGACGACUUGGAGCUGAUGCCGGCCAUCUACAGCGAGAAGUGGGUGAAGGGCGCCGUCGUGGGCCCCACGCUGUUCUGCAUCAUGACCCAGAACCUGGUGCAGUGGAGGAAGUCUGACAGGCAUUUCUUUGAGCACGGAGAUCUACCAACUUCGUUGACUUUGCCUCAACUUCAUGAGAUCAGGAAGACAAGUGUAGCGCGUCUUCUGUGCGACAGCGGAGUCAGAGUCACGCAAAUACAGCCACGUGCUCUACUGAAAGAAAGCGCAGAAAACAAAAUUAUGUCUUGUGAAAUGAUUCCUGGCGUGGAUUUGUCCAAGUGGGCUGACACGAAGUGCUACAAAAAAGACGGUGAUGAAAAAUAUGAUCAAGAAAUGGUAAAAGGCUUCGAUGAACACCCUGAUGAUGACUGGAGUUGGACGUACAUCAAUAAGAAAUGA